AUGUCUUCCUCCAACGAAGAGUCCAGCCCGGAUAAAUACCAGUUCACCCCAACCCAAGACUGGUUUUCGUUCAAUAUUGAUACUUGGAAAAGCCUCUUUACCCUCGUCGACUCUCCCAAACCACGAGUUCUUGAAAUAGGCUCCUGGGAGGGCCGUUCGGCCGUCUUCCUUCUUAGCGAUCUAUGCGUCAAUGGAGGAGAGAUCGUCUGCAUCGACCAUUUCGACUUGAUGGGCACUGAGGCGGGAAAAGAAAGAUACCGCAAGAUCACACAUAAUCUCUCACUCUCUGGCAAACCAAAUCGUGUUUUUGACGAAUUCAGUUUCCCAGCUCUUAUGACUAUUUUGGAGGAAGAGAUGACGUCUUCGAAUCCUGGCUUUGAUUGGAUUUAUGUCGAUGGCUCGCACGAAGCUGAUGAUACUUUCCUGGACGGAGAGCUUGCGUGGAGGUUGGCGAGAAAGGGUUGUAUCUUCAUAUUUGAUGACUACAAUUGGGAUCGAGAACCCAAAAGUAGUAUUCAUCAUCCCAGGCGCGGAAUUGAUGCUUUCUUGACUCUCCAUGAUGGGGAAUACGAACGCAUCUCAACAAAUCCUGAGCAAUACCAGAUGAUCCUGAAGAAGACAUCUGACAUGCGCAUCGGCUUUCUUGUCAAGGAAAAGGCGAAACUGGGACUUACAGAAGCUUUUGGUUAUGGAAUCAACAUAGCCCUAACGGUAGAGUCAUCUUAUGCAAUGCCUGCAGCAGUCACCAUCCGCAGCGCUGUCGAGAGGACCCAAGGUCGGAUUACCAUCUAUGUUAUUGAUUGCGGACUCUCCAACGAAGAUAAGGAUAAAAUUACAGCAUCGGUUCCUACCAGAACAGAUGUCACUAUCCUUUUUCUUCAGUUGCACGACAACAGUUUGACGGCGGACUUAGGCGUAGUCUGGGCCAAGAUAGACAUGCUCAAGAUCCUGCCAGUCGAACGUGUCCUGUACCUCGAUUCCGAUACGCUGAUUCGAAGCGACUUGCAUGAACUGUGGAACGUAGACUUGGAAAAUAAAUCAUUGGCAGCAGCACCAGAUGUUGGGUUCCCUUUGGGACAUGACGAAAUCACCAGAGGCCCUUACUUCAACGCUGGCAUCUUACUGAUCGACCUCGCCAAAGUGAGGAUGCGUCUUGCCGAACUCGAAACGACAGGGAGGCAAAUGAAGAAUGCACGAUUCCUCGAUCAGGAUGCGUUGAAUGUGCAUUUGACAGGAGAUUGGACAGAGCUUGGGUUGAAUUGGAAUGCGCAGGGACUGGGAACUUAUGCUGAUUCCCCAUCUGCCGAGAGAACAAGGUUGAGGCUUGAGGAGAUGAAGCAGCCUAAUAUUGUCCAUUUUUCUGGACCCCUUCAUCCCGAGCUAGCAGCGGUACUCAAUCCGUGGGUCCAGCCGUUCACGUCUAAGCCAUGGGGCUAUGCUGGUGCACCAGGCCACCCAUUCAGAAACGAUUGGUGGACUGUGCUGGAGAGAACUGCAUGGCAUGGCUGGAAGACAUCGUCAGAGUACAGAGAGAUUUGUGAGAAGAAGAAGAACGAGGCAAUUCGUGUCGCGAUGGAUAAUUUCAAGAAUCGUGUGGAGAUGGUAUAAGGUCGCCAUUCCAUGUAAUGUGUAAAGACAUCUCGUGGUCCGUGUUCGCUAUAUCGUGUAAGAUAGUGUUCAAGCAACGUAUCAGGUAAACCAUAAUGCGCAAACCUUGACUAGCAGACUGGCAUGAAAACCAAAA